CUUCAUAACAUACAUAAGAUAAUGAUAGGAUGCCACCACUGGGGGGAUGUGGAGGAAAGUGUUGAAUAUCUAGCUCAGAAGGAAGCUUUGGUUAUUAGGAGAGUUCUGAAUGUCCAAACUGGAGGAAAAUAAGCAGAGAGAGAAUAUUUUCCAUACUCGUUGCCUUGUAAAUGGGAAGGUAUGUAGUCUCAUUAUAGAUGGGGGUAAUUGUACCGAUUUUACCAAUACUACCUAGUUGAUAAACUUGGGUUGACGUACAUGCGCCAUUCUCACCCUUAUAAGUUGCAGUGGUUGAUUGAUUGUGGAGAGAUGAAGGUGACUAAGCAGAACUACCUCUUCGAAUGGCUGAUUUCGGCGUCUUGCAUCGGAAUGAGGCCAGUGGUGCUCUUACUGGAUUAACUCGUGUCCGGAGAUUUCAGCAGGAUGAUGCUCAUAUUUUCUGCAGAGAGUCUCAGAUAAAAGAUGAAGUGAGGGGUGUUUUAGAGUUCAUCAACUAUACAUACACUGUAUUUGGGUUCACAUAUGAGUUGAAGCUAUCAACGAGGCCAGAGAAGUACCUAGGUGAUUUGGUGACCUGGGAAAGAGCUGAAGCCGCCCUUACAGAAGCAUUGAAUGAGUUUGGAAAGCCAUGGCAGCUAAAUGAAGGAGACGGGGCAUUUUAUGGACCAAAAAUAGAUAUCAGUGUGUCGGAUGCAUUGAAUAGGAAAUUCCAAUGUGCUACAUUGCAGCUUGACUUCCAACUUCCUGAUCGUUUCAAGUUGGAGUACUCAGCAGAAGAUGAAGCCAAGAGAGAGAGGCCUGUUAUGAUACAUAGAGCCAUCCUGGGAUCUGUUGAACGAAUGUUUGCUAUAUUAUUGGAGCAUUACAAAGGGAAAUGGCCCUUCUGGCUUAGUCCACGUCAAGCAGUUGUUUGCCCUGUCUCGGAGAAAUCUCAGCCAUAUGCUCUACAGGUGCGUGAUCAGAUUUAUGCUGCUGGUUAUUAUGUUGAUGUGGAUACAACAGAUAGGAAGAUCCAGAAAAAGGUUAGAGAAGCUCAGUUGGCACAGUACAACUUCAUAUUGGUUGUUGGUGAAGAGGAGGCCAAAACUGGACAGGUUAGUGUGAGGGUGAGAGAUAAGGCAGACCAUUCCGUAAUGAGCAUUGAGAGCCUACUCAAGCACUUUGCAGAGGAGACUGCAGCUUUUCAUUAGGAAGGGAUAAACAUUACAAUUGUGACUUUUUUGAAUGCUAUUUGGAGCGGAAGGACUCAAAGAUUGGGGCGUUAAAAAAGGCUGAUUGAUUAGAGAUGGUUAAGUCAAUUUCCAUCAACACGCCGCGUUUAUAGUAUUAGAACAUUAAAAUUCUCCUUAUUUUAGGGGCGCCCCAUUGUGAUUUUUCAAGCAAGUUUUAUUUAUUUUAAGUGAAAAAUUCUUCUGUAUCGUACUUGUGGCAUGAAUUAGCUUUUGAUUUUUUUCCAUGUGCCGAUCGGGGAACAGGAAUUAAAAUCCACGACAUUGUAUGGAGUAUGUAUAUAAGCUGAGCCCCAAAGGGAGCUGGACACCAUCAUAUGAACGAACAGCUAACACGUUUUACUUAAUUUUUCUA